AUGGAAUUCUCCGCAGCGCUGGUUGUUCGCCAGAAUGGGACGCUUCUGCGCCUCCUGAGCGAAUCUUCUCUCCCGACCAUACGGAGACAGCUGCAGGUGUCCCGAUGCACAGUUCAGAAUGCCACCGUCGACUGUGUUCUCCUACUGGCGUCGCCGAUCGAAUGCGUCCCCUGUUCCUUCCGCCUCACAGCCCACCUCGAAACUGCGACUCUCGACGAAAAGUUCACGGUAGCAGAGAGCCUCGCUGCACGACCACCGGCGCAGAACACUUUCAAAUUUGAUGGAGAAAACCCGACUGUCUUCGAGUCAAGCGCUGAUGCGCCAUCUCUCUCCCCUGCCGCCCUUCCAGCCGAAUCGUCCUCUGAGCAUCGUACGCGACCCCGAACAAUCCUUGAAGAGCGCGAUAGGGGGCUUUCAAAUGUUACUUCACGGUCGGAUUAUCCACAGCUCUCCCCCACACCAGAUACUCUAGACCAGGCCAACGGAGGCCCUUCCAAGACUACCUCGCCUUAUCAACCAUCAUCUGGGAAGAGCCCAUUAAGUUCCCAGUCUACCGACAGUCCCCUGCAGCGCUCAACCUCCCCCGGAAUGGCGCCAUCGAGUCACCGUCGCUUUCGAAGCUCUGCAGAUGAGUCCCCGAACGAUAAAGCUUCGGCAUCACAACGUGAAUAUCGGUUUGAAGGACCUACCAGUCGCCGACAGUAUGAUCGUGAUAUGCACCCGGUGGAGCCUGUACCACAAAGGUCUGGCAAGACUAUGCUACAUCUCCUGAACCCUAUGUCUCUCUUGGCCAAGAGGCGUGCUCAUCAGAUGGCGGGGCUGCGUGCAGAGGAUGUCAAUAAAGGCUCCAAGAACUUCGUUCCUGCAAUCCCAGAUGACUACGAUCCCCGCAUCCGAGGGAAUAUUGUCCAUGACUUCUCCGCCCCUCGACCGCGGCGUCAACUGUCAAACGCGCCUGUCCCUCUGCGGGAGCAAGCCGGUCAACCGAGCCCAUCCAGUGGUACACAUCAUGGUUAUCCUGGGAGUGAUCUGAACCUUCGCAGUAACGAUUCCGGUAACGCCUUUUCUCCCGUGAUAGAACACGGGAAGAGACAUAGCGAUCAUUCGCCGGUAUUCAAGGAGCAUUUCGAGGACGAUAAAAGAACCCUACAGGUGGAGAAUAAAGCGUAUCUGCAAUCUUCUCUGUUGAUGGAGUCCAGCCUGGAUCGCAAUUCGCACUCAAUACCUGUCUUUGCAAGAAAGCUCCCUUCGUCAAUCACGGAUGAUCGUGCCGAGUCUGUUCAUGAACCACAAAAGCCGAGCUCCCAUAAUGAAAUCGCGGUUGAUGAUGAUGCGGCGACAGCCGAAGAAGACAACGAUACAUUUGAGCUUGAACCGCAGCAGGCUUCUGGGUUGCCGAAGCACUUCAAAAGUAACGCUUCUCGGUUCAGCUUUGAUAUGAAUGGGGUAGGCUCCUCAACGCAGGAGAAGCUGCUGGAAGAGAAGCAUAAAGAAAAGGAAGCCGCGCGAAAGGCCCAGGCGCGGCUUAACGGGGAUUUCAGUGACGUUGAGGAUGAUUAUGACAAUGAUAUGUUUGACGACAUCGAUGGCCUUGAAGAAGAGAUCCCCGGAGUCAAUGUGGAUGAUGAGGAUGACGAGUUUCGUGACUUUUCUGGCCCGGGUAACAUCUUGAAUAAGUCGUGGCUCGCGCCUAACCUUUCUCCUGUCGUCGCUAGUCCCAUACACAUGGAGAUGCCGAAAUCUCAGAACGACCAGCUUCCAUCUCUCGUGCCGGAUGAAGCAGAACAAGAUCCAGCACAUCUCGCCCAAGAUGCCCCGUUAGAGACAGAUGAAGCAUCAGAUUCCUCUAAAACUUUCUUCCGAGAUUCUAGGGAUCUUUCUAAUAUCCCAUUACAGGCAGUCCCGGAGGACGAUGAUCUCUAUUUCGACGACGGGGAAUUUGGCGAGUUAGACGCUGAAGAAGCUGGGGAUGAUUUUGAUGAAUCUAUCUUUGAUGAUCCAACCAGCCAUCUCUAUGAGCGGAAACAAGUCUCAAAACCGGUCGUUGCCGACCAGACCGGGCCGGAGGAGCUUGGCUUGGAGGGAGACCCUGAUGAUGCGCUGAAACACGCUCCAAGCAUGGCGAGUGACCAUCAUCAAGGCUUUGCUCCAAGGAGGUACGGCAGCGUUGCCGGGAACAUGCCUAACCCGGAAGUAGCGAGGUCUCACAGUGGAAUCCUGUCGGAGCAUAAUCUGGAGGCGUUCCAUAACGCUCUGGCAGACGCUGCCAACCAAGCAGCUACAAAGGGCCGGUUGGGAUAUACAACGAGUCUUAGCGAGCGCUCCUUGGGCCAAGAAAGUGUUGCCCAUACUCUGGAUUCCCAACCGGGCCUUGUAUCGGAUGAAAGUCGUAUCAGCCAGGUUAUAGACCCGGUAUCCUUUGACGAGGUCUUUGAGGAAUUUGACUUUGAUGACAAUGACGAUUUGUACGAUGACCCGAUAAUAGCAGCUGCUAACGCCGAAGCUCUCGAAAACGAUGAUGAGGGUAUCUACGGACAAGAGUUCGGCUUUUACGCACAAGCCUAUGGGAACGGUUCAGAGCUCACAAAUGGGGGCUACUUCGGUCCCAGAGGUGUUGAGGGUAUCUCUCGCAGCCACAGCGGUCGAGGAAAGUUCCGAGAACCCAGUCUGACACCCAUUACUGAGCGUAGUGAAUGGAGUACCCGCAACUCGAUCAUCUCGGUAGCGGCUCACGGAGUCGCUCACUCUAACCAGUCGUUACCAAGCCCCGGGCUCGCCCAGUUGGUCGAUAUAGGUAGCCUUGACGAUGAACUAUCGUUGGGCGCUCUUAUGAAGCUACGACGGGAUGCCUGGGGCGGGAGCAAUGGCAGUCUCCGGAGCAGCAGCGGCAGUCCCCCUCCACAACAGAGUGCUACCUCUAAUAGAGGCAGCUUCACCUUCUCUGAUGUGAGCCCUACCGUACAUACCGUUCCUCCGGAUUUCCUCGGCGGUUCGAAUUCCAUCGACUCCCCUGUUAGGGAGUCUGCAUGGGCGUACUCUCUCCCUCCACAACACAAUGAUCGAUCAGCGACUGGAUAG